CGUCCGUCCUCGUGCGACUGACGCAACGCGCCCGGCAGCGGCUCGUGCACAGCGGACAAUGUGACAGUAGUAACUGCUACACACACUUUAUUUUGACCCAACAUGGCAGAGGUUUUCACCUGGCUCCUUCUGCCUGCGCUACUGAUCAGUGGUCUGUUGCUUCACACUGUGUCCCAACAUGAGAAGGAAGUUGAUAAUCAUAAUAAAAAGCCCAAUUUUAUCAUCAUACUGGCAGAUGAUAUAGGCUGGGGUGACCUGGAUGCUAACCAGCCUGAGGUGAAGGCAAACAACACGCCUUAUCUAAACUUGUUGGCUGAGCACGGAAUCAGAUUGACAGACUUUCACUCUCCUGCCUCUACCUGUUCCCCAUCCCGCGCUGCCAUCCUGACAGGCCGCUACGGCCUCAGAAAUGGGGUCACACAUAACUUUGGUGUGGGAUCAGUGGCUGGUCUGCCACUGUCCGAAGUCACGCUACCCCAGCUGCUGCAGAGGGCGGGAUAUUACACCGCCAUGAUAGGGAAAUGGCAUCUCGGUCACAAUGGACCCUACAGUCCUACUAAAAGAGGUUUUGAAUACUACUUUGGUAUCCCGUACAGCAAUGACAUGGGCUGUACUGACAAACCAGGAUACGAUGUACCCGAGUGCCACCCUUGUCACUCAUAUGGACCACAAGUAAUCAGGUUGCAGAGGAGUGUGCAUGGAGGCUGUUACUCCAAAGUGGGCCUUCCUUUGAUUGAAAACAGCAGUAUUGUGGAGCAGCCGCUUGACCUGUGGACACUGACAAAAAAAUACAAAUCUGCUGCAGUCAGGAUCAUACACAAUGCAAGGGAGAGAGGACAGCCCUAUCUCCUCUACAUUGCUUUAGCCCACAUGCACGUUCCCCUCGCUCCUCCGCCUUCUCAAGAUGCCUCCUCCACGGACAGCAGUGUGUACUCUGCCAGCCUUCGAGAGAUGGACAGUUUGGUGGGAGCAGUUAAGAGCGCCUCAGAUGAAACAGACAAAGAUAAUACUCUCAUCUGGUUCACAGGUGACAAUGGGCCAUGGGAACAGAAGUGCCAGUAUGCAGGAAGUGUUGGACCUUUCAUGGGGAAGUGGCAGACCAGCACAGGCGGAGGCUCAGCAAAGCGCACCACCUGGGAGGGAGGCCACAGGGUGCCAACAGUGGCGUACUGGCCUGGAAGGAUUCCUGCAAACACUACCAGCUCUGCCCUGCUCAGUGGUAUGGACAUCUUCCCAACUCUCCUCUCCCUGGCAGGAAUAACUGCCCCCUCUGACAGACGCUAUGAUGGCAUUGAUGCAUCAGGUGUCCUCCUGCAUGGUAAACAGGAUGGCCAUGAGUUUCUCUUCCAUCCAAAUAGUGGAGCUGCUGGGAGGUUUGGUGACCUGCAGGCAGCUCGAAGUGGCAAACACAAAGCUUUUUACAUCACAGGUGCAGCCGAGGCAUGUGGUGGUUCAACAGGAAGUCAGCAGCUCCAUAACCCACCAUUGAUAUUCGAUCUGGAGCAUGACAAGGCAGAGGAAACACCUCUGGAGGUCCAGACACCCGAGUACCAGGCAGCAGCGCAGAGGAUUGGCCGCAUGAGGGAGGAGUUGCUGUGGGACAUUGCAACGGACACGUCAGUCUCCACAGCAGAUUAUAGCACAGAUGACUCUGCAGCACCCUGCUGUGACCCCAGACGGGCUGUUUGCCGCUGCAGCAUGCUGGGCUGA